AUGUCCAGAUUACCAAAGUUACCAGUACCGAGUAGUUUACCUACUUCUGGUCUUACUCCUCCAAAAAAACGAACUACCUCUAAUGCUUCGCCGUUGUCUACUGUGGAUACAACUGCUAAUACAACAACCACUAAAAUUGCCGGUCUCAAAGACCUUACUCCUGAACAGGAAGCUUUGCUACAGGAAGCAAUGGAAAAGUUUAAUCCGGAAGCAAACACAAACACUUCUACUUCUUCUCCCUCUACAACAAUAUCCUCACUCCCUACUAUACCAACACCAACAACCGCCACGUCAAAUGGAAUAAAUGGCUCUCCAAACUCGAAUCAAUUACGCAAGCCUGGUUCCAGAAAGCAAAGCGUAUCUAGAGUUACUCGUCCUGUUCUGCCUUCUGUUUCUGACAUGCCCCCUUUGCCCACAAUACCACAAGCAGUCAAUAAAUCAAAUACAAAUCAAGGGACACGAAAAUUAUCCUUUGGUCAACAUUCUUCAUCGACAGGACUUGCCCCUCCCGGUUCGUCUUUACAAAUGCGUCCACCAACAACAACUCAAACUUCAUUAGCUCAACCUUCACUAACACAAUCUUCAUUGACACCACCCUCUGCAUUGACACAACCUGCAUCUUUAUUAAAAAAUAAUCGUAUACAGGCACUUGCAGCAGCUUCUCAAAGACCUGCUUCUCCUUCACUAGGAUUAUAUAGUGUUGGUGAACGUGUUUCUGUAGAGUCAAUGAAUAUCACCGGAACUUUAAAGUUCUUGGGUUCAAUUGGUGGGAAAUCAGGAACAUGGGCUGGAAUAGAGUUAGAUGUUCCAGGCACAGGUAAAAACGAUGGAAGCGCUAAUGGUGUCUCGUAUUUUACAUGUCCACCAAAAACCGGCAUAUUUGUUCUUGCUACUAAACUCUCCAAAGAAAAAGAAGAUUCAGAAACCCCCACAACAACAUCAUCAACGACAACUUUGACACCAUUAUCAUCAUCAUCUCCACUUAAUAAAAAUACUCUUUCAAUACCCUCAAUACCGCAACCAUCACAAUCAAAUACGAACGUGACUCCAAAUGAGUCCAGAAUUGCAUCUAAAAAUGCACAACAUGCCGCAGUGGCUGCUUCUCGUAUAUCAGCAGGAUCACGAGCAUCCAAAUAUAUUGGUGUUACGGCUUCACAGUUAAAACAGAAAUCCUUAAUAAAACCAGCUAGCUUCACUCAAGCAAUCCCAAAUCCUAGCCCAGACCCAAGCAAUCGUGGUCCUUCUCCACCCUCUAAAUUAAAAUUUGGACUACCUCGUCCUAACGCAAGUAAUCUUAAAUCACCUUUAACCUCACCAGUUAAUGUUAGACGAACACGAAGACGAGAUUCCAAUUCUUCGAACGGAUCGGUAGCUUCGGUUGUAUCCCAACCUACACUUCAGGUUUCAUCCUUUGGGUUCCAGCGAUCGUCAAGAGCCACAACUCCGAAUGAACAGCAGGAAUUGCAAACACCAUCAUCAGACAGUGAAACCACCCUGACGAAUAUCGAAUUGACAAAUAAAUCCUUGCAAGAAAAGAUUGAGAAACUAUUGAAUGGUUCAGAUGCAUCAGAUGCACCUCCAUUGAAUGUGUUUGAUCAACAAAUGCUUCGCAUUCAACAAUUACAAAUGAAAAUUGAUGUCUUAGAAUCAGAAAAUAGCGCACUAAAACUCAAUAAUAAAAACUUGACCUCGUCAACUCCGUCUUCUGAUGAAUCGAAUGCUGUAUGGAUAGCGGAAAAGAAUGCAUUAAAUGACAAAAUCAAUCAGCUAACUAAGCAGCUUGAAGAGAGUUCAAAAGGUCAUCAUCAUCGUCCAAGCACUUCACUCUCAAUGCUAGCUGAUGAAGAUUUAAUGAAUGACAAGAUUCUGCAGUUAACUGAAUUAAUUGAAACUAAAGAGGCAGCUGUGAAAUCCCUUGAACAAUCGCUCAAUACAUAUCAAUCUAGGAUAACAGAAUUAGAACUAGCCAAUAAAGAACAAGAAGCUAAGAUUCAAGAAUUAAACAAUAGUAAUAAUAAAGACAGAGACAAAGACGAGAAUACAGCUCUUGAAGAUUCUUCAAAAAGAAUCGCCGAAUUAGAAAAAGGGAUCGAUGCAAAAGCUCUUGAAAUCAGUCAACUUGUGAUGAAACUCGAUCAAACACAGCUUGAUUCAGAAUCAAAAAUCAGAUCUUUGCAAACAACAGUGGAUCAAUUCAAAGCGGCCGGACAAGAGACUAUAAAUAUAUACGAGGAUAAAGUUUCUACCUUAUCACAACAAAUUGAAGAGUUGAAAAGAACAAGUAGUGAAACAAGAGCUCUUUAUAGUGAAACAAAAGCUCUUUAUGAAGAAGCCACAGCAAAAUUAGGGGAACGAGAGAAUAAGAUUACCACCUUAGAAAAAGAAACUGAAGAACUUCGAUCGGCUGGUGUCGAGGCAAUUGAUGUGUAUGAAAAGACAAUGGAAGAUUUAAAGAAGGAGAUGGAAGAAGUAAAGCAACAAUUAUCACGAAAAGAUGAAGCAUUGACAGCAUCUCGUAAGGAACUUGAAAGCUUGAGGUCGGCACAAAAAGAGUUGAAUGAAGCCAAGACAAAAUUAGAGCAAAAAGAUAAACGGGAAGAAGGUCUACGAAAUGAACUUGCAGAUCUCCAAACCGGAUUGGAGCAUAUGAUGCGUGCUGAUGCGAAAUCACGAGAAAGAAUAUAUCAGUUAGAAGACGAAAUGCGUGAAUCUCAAGCUACUGUCAAUAGACAAUUAGAAGAAAUUAGCGCCUUGAAAUUAAACAUACAGGAAUUAAUGAACACAAAUUCCACCGAUGAAAUUGAAAAAGUGAAAACAAUGUACGAGAUGGAAAUCAAAAGAAUGGGUGAAGAAUUGGAAAGCUCGCGGAAAUCUUUGUCUGAUGUCCAGACCGAGAAACGAGUCGCAAUGAAGGAAUUUAAUAACUUGCAAAAUCGCCUCAAAGAUAAAGAGGAUGAAAAUGAUAAGCUAUUGAAAGAAUUAGAAGAAUCAAAACUCAACACUAAAGAACUUGAGGAAACAAAUAAGAACGUAAUUCAUCGAACAGAAGAUGAAAAAGAAAAAUUGAAAAAAGAAGUGAACGAUUUACGCGCAAAUAUUCGCGAGCGUGAAGAAGCCAAUAAAGUAGCAAUGCGUCAAGCUGAUCAAGAAAAAGAAGAGUUAGCAAAAGAGCUAAGAACCAUAAAAUUCCAACUUAACGAGCUUGAAGCUUCGAAUAAGGAUGCAACCCAACAAUUUGAUAUUGAAAAAGCAGCUUUGAUUGAAGCUCGAAACGUAGCUUUGAAGGAUCUUGAAGAAAUCAAGGAAAAAUUACAUGAACUUUCAGUUAAAGCCAGCCAAUCGGAAGAGCUUAAGGCAUCACUUGCAAGCAAAUCUGAAGAAUUGAAAAAAUUAACAGAAUUAAAGAUGAUUGCAGAAAUUGAAAACAAAAAUUUCGAAAACGAAAAUGAACAAUUAAAACAGAAAAUAAAAGAGUUAGCAAUCAAUUCGAAAUCAUCUGAUUCAACUCCACCCGCAAAAUCUCAAGAAGUCAUUGAUAAAAUUACCGCAUACGAAGAACAAAUAACUGGUCUCAAACAAAUUGUACACGAAUUGACUCGUGAGAAUAUUGAAAUUGAUCGCGAAAAUAAAAAAAUGUUGGCAGAACAUGAAAAACUUGCGGAAGCUCAUAAGCAAGUAGAGAAUGAAUGUUUCAAAUUGAUGGAUGAGUUGGAAAGAUUGCAUAGCGAAUCAUUGAGUGGUCAAGGCAUUUUGGCCGUACCUGCAGUGGUCUCUGCUGAAUUUCCUUCCAGUCCAGAGACACCACGUGAUGAUCCUUCCGAAGAGAAUUCGGUUGAAGAAGAUGGAACUGACACUACACCCACUUCACCGCAAACUGCUACCAAUACAAAUACACCAACCGGUACAACAAAUGUAACACGUCUAGAAUCUUUACUUGCUGAAAAACAAACGCAAUUAGAUCGAUUGACCUCACUUCAUAAUUCCGAAAUACGUGAAUUACGUCAAAAAAUAGCUGAACUCGAAAAAUCCAAACAACGUGAGCUCACAACUCUAACAAAAGAUGUGGCUGAAUUGGAAUCUUUGGUAGAAAGUAAAAUAUUUCGUGAAGCUGAUUUAGAAGAAGAAAUUCAACGUGAACGUCUUGUAUCUAAACGAUUACGAGACGAAAUAGAAGAUUUAAAAGAGCAAAUAAAAGAAAUAAGAGCAAUGGGAGGUGAUGAACUUUCUCUCAAUCUAGGCAUAUCUAUAAGUAGUAACGAUAAUUCGCCGAAACGCACAGUAAAUGAGGAUAUUUCAGAGAAGGGAUCCUCUCGACUUUAUUGCGAAAUUUGCGAGGAAGAAGGACAUGACAUAAUUAGUUGUAAAGCUGUAUUCGGAAUGGAAGCCAGUACCCUCGGUAAUGGUGCCACACCUUUACCAAUAGUGGCAAGUAAUGGAAAUAUUGAAGAGGAAAGACCGGUAAGCUAA